UGGUGGUGGACACAAUUCAAACCAUUGCACCUUUUUUUUAAAAAAAAAAAAAAUCUCUUGUUCUCUCUCUAAAUAAUGGAGAGUGGCCGAUUAGGUGUAAGGAUUGAAAGAAAAUCAUCUAUAGAAAACGAGCCAAGGACUCUCACUAUUGAUCAAAUCCAAUGUGCAAAGUCGAAUGCAAAAACUUUGUGUGCAGGAGGCAGCUCUAUAUGUGGUGAAUACGAGAAGUGCAGACGAAGCUAUGAGCAUAUUCACAGAGGUGGUGCUAAUCAUUCAUUAAGGAAAGGUUAUUUGGAGGAUAAUCUAUUUGUGAACUUACUUAGUUCUGACGAUGUUUCUGAUGUGGCUGCUUCAAGUGGGUUGAGUUGUAAUACACAAUGAAGUCUUUUUUCAUAUCAAGUUGGAUGACAGAUCCUCCGAUCCUUGGAGCUUAGCACCAAGCACUAUAAAGGUAUGUCCAGCAAGCCCUUUUGUAUGAUUGCUUUGUUUUGAAUUGCAAUGUGCAAAAGUCCCCAGCCCCUUUGACAGCAAAACUAAGCGCUCUAUUUCUUCUCUCAUAUGCUAUGUGCUCUGCGUCAGUAUUUUGCUGUUAUUCCUUUCCGCUCCUCCUCCUCUCAUAUACUGUACCCACUACCUUUCUACUACAGUUGAUCUUGCUUGCAUUUUCAUUUACUUAAUGUACUUAGCAUGCCACAAGAACAGAGCUAGAUUAUACUAAUCAGAAAAUAAUCAUUCAGGAA